GGGUGAGGUGCAGGGGGGAGGAGAAUGUUCCCCUUCACCCCCUCUGGACCCUCAUCUGGACCUCAGAGCAGAGAAGGCUUGAGAAGCAAAAAGGUGAAGAAGAUGAAGAAGCUGCUGGUGUUUUUGCUCUGCCUGGUCUUGCUGACCGUGUACUCAGAUGCCAACCCUAUCAUCAAGGAGAGCUUUGCUAAGCAGCUGCUCCGCAGCAAGAGGCAGGACCGACCAAUGAAGCCCGGCCACCCCGAUGAGCCAAUGAGGGAGCAUCUGAUCCACAUGCAGGCUCUGGAUCAGAGGGCCCAGGAGACCAACAUGGAGAACUGGCUGAACCCUCACUGCUACCCUCGCUGUAACAGGAACUACGGAUACCCCAUCUGAUGAUGAUGAUGAUGAUGAUAAUGAUGAUUACAAAGAAAAGGACCAGAGACAUGAAAGCAUGGACAAUGGCAGAAGUGAAAACUGAUAUCUGAUCUCCUGAAAUAUCUGUGGAGUAAAUGUUUGUGCAUAUAUAAACUUACUGUAUUACAACUGUGUAGUUUACUGUCAUCAAUAGUUUCUACAUGUAUAUUCUAAAUUGUGUAUCAUGUAUCAUAGAGAAUAAACUGUGUUAAUGAUUAAAUCAGUGUCAAAUAAAUCCAAAUGCAUGA